UCUAUAAAAUAAAAUUUUAAAAGAAAAAGAAAUAGAAAAAAAAAAAGAGUGUAAAAGAUUGUUCCUUUGUUACUGUACUUGGUUUGCUCGGGUCGGCUGGGAUGACGACGACGACGACAUCAGUUUCAGAGCUUGAUGACGUCAUUAUCCGGUCCAUGUCCGUAGGAGCUGUUUUCUCCGACUUCGUUGGGAAGAUAUUUUCGAUUGAUUUCCAUCGUAAAGAUGAUUUACUUGUCACAGCUAGUGAGGAUGAUUCAGUUCGAUUAUAUGACAUUGCUAAUGCUAAGUUGUUGAAAACCACUUAUCAUAAGAAACAUGGUACUGAUCAAAUAUGCUUUACUCAUCACCCGAGUUCUGUCAUAUGCUCUUCAAGAUACAAUUUGGAAACUACUGGAGAAUCGUUGCGGUAUUUAUCAAUGUACGAUAACCGCUGCCUACGAUACUUCAAAGGCCAUAAACAGAGAGUUGUUUCUCUCUGCAUGUCUCCUAUCAAUGAUAGCUUCAUGUCUGGUUCUGUAGACCACAGUGUUAGGUUAUGGGAUCUACGUGUAAAUGCCUGCCAGGGAAUCUUACAUGUACGUGGUAGGCCUACUGUUGCCUAUGACCAACAAGGUCUGGUCUUUGCUGUAGCAAUGGAAGGGGGAGCUAUUAAGUUGUUUGAUUCACGUUCGUAUGACAAGGGUCCCUUCGACACCUUUCUUGUAGGUGGUGAUACAGCUGAGGUUUGUGAUAUUAAAUUCAGCAAUGAUGGCAAAUCAAUGCUUCUGUCUACAACUAAUAACAAUAUAUAUGUUCUUGAUGCAUAUGGAGGAGAUAAGCGCUGCGGGUUUAGUUUGGAACCAUCUCAUGGCACCUCAAUAGAGGCUACAUUUACCCCAGACGGGAAGUAUGUAGUGGCAGGCUCAGGAGGCGGGACCAUGCAUGCUUGGAGUAUUGACAGAAAAAAUGAGGUAGCAUCUUGGAACAGCCAUAUUGGUGUGCCUUGGUGUUUGAAAUGGGCACCUCGCCGGGCCAUGUUUGCCGCAGCCUCAACUGUUCUCACAUUUUGGAUACCAAACAACGAACCAAAAGCCGAGUAUGGUGGCACAGACGCUGAACCGGGACCUCAGCCUCAACCACUUAACUGAGUAAGCUAUUCAUAUGAAACCGCAGUACAAUUUCUUUAUCUUUUGGUGCAUCAAGAAAUCAAUCAAGGCCUUGUGAAUUUGUCAUGCUUCCUCCUAGUUUGCUGUUGAGCAUGCAAAUUUGUUGUUGUAAAUUCCAUAAAUUUUGACUAUUGAAUCCUCUAUUAAUAUUAUAGUUAGACAAAUUUAUUAUCACCUUAUUACAUAGGAUGACUACAUGGCUAUCAGACCUUUGACAUGUUAAUGUUCACAUUAUUUAUUUAAUAAUUAAUAGGAUGACUAUAUGGCUAUCAGACCUUUGACAUGUUAA